AUGGACUGCUGCAAACUGUAUACAUUUCCAUGGGAUCAAAGUGACAAUUACGUGAAGCUGUAUCUGACAGUUCCAGAUGUGCAUACGCUAACAGAAGAUGGGAUUGCAAUUUCUUUUGCGGACAGCGCCGUUGAAGUCGUUGCUUACAAUGUUCAUUCAAAGAAUUAUAGUUUGAUAAUAAAAGGCCUGUUGCAUCCGAUCGAACCAACCCAGUCGUUCUUCAAGCAAAAAGUCGAUCUGCUGCUGGUCAUGAUGAAGAAGAAAGAAUUGAAAAAAUGGGACUAUUUGACGAAAGCAGAAAAGCAGAGCAAAGAGAAAAGUAAACCCAGUCUGGACGAGAAAGCCGAUCCGCAGGAAUCGCUGAUGAAUCUGAUGAAACAGAUGUACGACGAAGGAGACGAUGAAAUGAAAAGAACCAUUCGCAAAGCUUGGUAUGAAAGUCAGACGAAAAAGAACGCCGAUCUCAACGAACACACAUGA